AUGUCGAAAGUAGUCUCUAACAAUGGCUCGGAUUUCCAGAAACAGAGAGAGAAAACUGCACAACUGACAUGCACACUACUGAUGACCUUGGACAAUAUCUGCACAACAUCCAUAGAAUUUCCGCUGGAAUUGGAAAAAAUAACAGUUACACUUGUCAAACGAAUUAGCUUUGAUGCCCAACAACCGCGGAACGAUGAACGUACCGCCAAAAUGAGUCUACGUCGGAUAACAUAA